UCAGGAGAGAGCCGCUUCACAACAAUUUUUUUAUAACUGCUGAAAAUUUUCCCUCUCUUCUCUUCGUCCUUCCCAAUAUAUAUAUAUAUAUAUAUAUAUAUAUAAUUUUCUCUCCUAUUUUCCCGAGAAAAUUUACAGAGGGAGAGAAACACAGAUGGCAUUGACAGUCCCUGGCCAGCUAAAUACCGAAGUGAUACCGUCAUGGGGUUCCAGGAGCGUCGACUGCUUCGAGAAAUUGGAGCAGAUUGGUGAAGGGACUUAUGGUCAAGUGUUCAUGGCCAGAGAAACCAAGAGUGGAGAGAUUGUUGCCUUGAAAAAGAUUAGAAUGGACAAUGAAAAAGAAGGGUUCCCCAUCACGGCCAUUCGGGAAAUUAAAAUUCUGAAGAAGCUUGAGCACGAGAAUAUUAUUAAACUGAAAGAGAUUGUGACCUGCACAGGUGAUGCAAAGGAUGAGCAAAGGAAUCAAGAUGGAAAUAAGUUCAUGGGUGGUGUCUAUAUGGUUUUUGAAUACAUGGACCAUGACUUGACUGGGCUUGCUGAUCGCCCUGGACUGAGGUUUACAGUUCCUCAGAUAAAGUGUUACAUGAAGCAGCUAUUGACUGGACUCCACUAUUGUCAUGUUAAUCAAGUACUUCAUCGUGACAUCAAAGGUUCUAAUCUUCUAAUAGAUAAUGAGGGACAAUUGAAGCUAGCAGACUUUGGGCUUGCAAGAUCAUUUUCUAAUGAUCAUGGUGGAAAUCUUACCAAUCGCGUUAUUACUUUGUGGUAUAGGCCCCCAGAAUUGCUUCUUGGAGCCACCAGGUAUGGUCCAGCUGUAGACAUGUGGUCUGUUGGUUGCAUCUUCGGUGAGCUUCUGUAUGGAAAGCCAAUUUUGCCUGGAAAAAAUGAGCCUGAGCAAUUAAACAAGAUAUUUGAGCUUUGCGGAUCACCUGAUGAGAACAACUGGCCCGAUGUUUCCAAGACUCCUUGGUAUAACAAUUUCAAGCCAACAAGACCAAUGAAGAGACGUAUUAGGGAAAUGUUCAGGAAUUUGCCUUGCAGUUUCGAUCGCCAUGCUCUAGAUUUACUAGAUCACUUGUUAACCCUUGAUCCAAAUCAGAGAUGGACGGCUAAGCAAGCACUAGAUGCAGACUAUUUCUGGAAUGACCCUUUACCUUGUGACCCUAAGAGCCUUCCUAAGUAUGAAUCAUCGCAUGAGUUCCAGACAAAGAAAAAAAGGCAGCAGCAGCGACAAAAUGAAGAACUGGUAAAGAGACAGAAAUUACAGCAUCUUCAGCAGCAUACUCGCCUGCCUCCCAUUCAACAUACCGGGCAAGCUCCUUCACAAUGGCAGGGGCCUAAUCAUCCCCUGAACAAUGCACAACCUCCUGUGUCUGCUGGACCUAGUCAUCACCACUAUGGAAAGCCCCGUGGUCCACCAGUAGUUCCAAACAGGUAUCCUCCGAGUGGGAAUCAGAGUGGAGGAUACAACACGAAUCGUGGUGCUCAAGCUGGAGGUUACAGUGGCAGUCAAUAUCCAGCUCAAGGGCGGGGCCCUCCAUAUGGUGGAUCUGGUAUGCCUGUUCCUGGUCCUAGAGGGGCCCCAACUGGUUAUGGUGUUGGCCCUCCUAAUUACUCCCAGAGUAACCAAUAUGGAGGCUCUGUUGGUGGUAGAGGUCCAAAUCCUUUGGGUGGCAAUCGAAAUCAGCAGUAUGGUUGGCAACAGUGAUAGUGGUAACUAACAUUUUGCUUGGGAAAAUAGAUUGACCUGGCAAAGAGCAAGGUGGACAUGGCCUCAUUUCAUCGUGCGAUUGCCAUUGUGCAAAGUAGGAAUUUAAUCAUUAGUAUUUGGAAGCUGUGGUUAGCUUUGUAUAAGCGUUUUAGGUUAGUUUAGGUGUCCUGAGUAUAUACUUUUGAAAGGUGUUUUUGUUCCUUAGUUAACCUUUAACGUCUCCUUGAACCGUAGGGCUAGACCAUGCUAUAAAACACAGUGCAGUCAUGAUUGGACAAAGUUUAACGUUUCAACUGAUCUUCUAGAAUGUAAAGGUUGCUCUUUGGUAACAAUUUGAUACGAGUUUACAGAUCAGAACAAGGUGUUUCCAUUAAGAUUGCUGUUAAAGUUCAUGUAACCUAUAACUUUCUAGGUUAUUUGUUUUGCUAACUUAUUUUGUUAUUGUAUUAAUCCAAACCUUUGUCUGUUCAGAUGCUGAAAGUAUAUUUUGCUAUA